AUGGCGGUGUGCACCGCACCAGCAGCAGGCACCACAUGGACAGACAUUAACGAUUUCUCAGCCUGUCGACGCACCUGUGAUAGUGGAGGUGAUAUUGACCCUUGUGAGUGGCUUUGCCCUACAGCUCCCUCUGAAGCAAAGGAGCCCAAGACAGCGGCACACCGUAUCAGCGCCGGUCCCCACAAACUGAACGGGGAUGGACACUCACCGACCAAGC